UUAAAAAGACUCGUGGAAAAACAAGAUGCCUAAAGAUUUAUGCAAGAACUUGGGAAGAAAGGGAGGAAGUGACUUUUGAUCAGGGAGCAGCCGUGGGGCCAACAGCUCAAAGAGUGAAGGAUUUAACUAAUUUUAUUGGAACAAUGGGAAGGAAUAGUGAUUUUAUUACCUUGAUGUACACUAAUUGGAAAGCUGUGCCUAAGCAAAUCAAAAAGCGCAUUUGGAAGUAUAUUAAUUCAAAGUUCAUUCUUCCAAAAUCUUCAAAGUUAUGGGUGAUGACUGGUGUUCAAGGAGCAUGGAAGCGUUACAAAACAAGAAUAAAAAAGAAGCAUUUUGAACCCUAUUCUGGAAAUAUUGAGGAUAUGUUGGUGAAUCGUCCUUUGGAAAUUCCAGAAAUACAAUUUCGGAAGCUAAUUGCAUAUUGGAGUAUUCCAACUGUCAAAGUGAGCUAGAGGAUUUCAAUUAUUAUUAUUUGAUAUGAUCAAGUAUAAUUC